AAUGGCCGGGGUGACGGUGUACGAGGGGGCGGCGAGGGCGCCGACACCGUCGAAGCGGCACGGCACCGGGGGGGUGGUAACAUGGCCGUCGGUCAGUCGGUAUCGAACCGCCGUGCCGUGCGGAGCUCCCUACGUUGAGUCUCGCUCUCGCGUAAGCACGGCUCCGAUCCGCUCCGUUCGGUUCUCGAGCUUCGAGCUAGUGGACGGACCCGCCGGAUAUUUGACAGAUGCGCGCGCGCGCGCGCGUUAUGACGUCCGGCGCUCACCGAUGGCUCCCCGCGCAUCCCCGGAGCGCGUCCACCUCGUCGCCGUCGUCGCCGAUUGUUUCGUAAAGCGCGUUCACCGGGCGACCACCGUUCCCGCGGACGAUCGGUAAUUCUCGAGCCAGGAAGGAUUAGUGAUAGAGCAUUGGGAGAAGAAGAAUUAGUUUAAUUAGAACUUACAAGAGUUGAAAGAGAAAUCGACGUGAAUAUGGAUACUGGACCUACACAGGGUAAAAAGCAAAUCCGCGUGGGAUUUUACGAUAUCGAAGGAACUAUCGGCAAAGGCAACUUUGCCGUUGUAAAAUUGGCUAGACAUCGAAUCACGAAAACCGAGGUGGCUAUCAAGAUAAUCGAUAAAACUCAAUUAGAUCCUACUAAUCUAGAAAAAGUUUAUAGAGAGGUUGAAAUUAUGAAGCAGCUGGAGCAUCCGCAUAUCGUUAAAUUAUAUCAAGUCAUGGAAACAAAGAACAUGAUUUACAUGGUGUGCGAAUACGCGAGCAAAGGCGAGAUAUUCGACUACAUAGCGCGGUACGGAAGAAUGGGAGAGCCCAGAGCACGUGCGACAUUUGCCCAGAUACUCUCCGCGGUCGAAUACUGCCACGUAACGGGUGUAGCGCAUCGUGACCUGAAGGCAGAGAACUUACUUCUCGACGCUCAGAUGAACGUAAAGAUCGCCGAUUUUGGCUUCAGUAACAGAUUCGCCCCGGGAGAGCGAUUGAGCACAUGGUGCGGUAGCCCACCUUACGCUGCUCCCGAAGUUUUCCGAGGAAAGCACUAUGCCGGACCUGAAAUUGACGUAUGGAGUCUGGGUGUUGUGUUGUAUGUGUUAGUAUGUGGUGCACUGCCUUUUGACGGAUCAACUCUUCAAUCAUUGAGAGAUCGCGUGUUAAGCGGCAGAUUUAGAAUUCCUUACUUUAUGAGUACAGAUUGUGAAAGCCUAAUACGCAAGAUGUUGGUGUUGGAACCUUCCAAACGAUAUACCAUUCCACAAAUUAAGAGGCACCGUUGGAUGGCGGGAACGGCGGAUAGCAUUUGUUCGGUGAUCGUAACACGGCCAUCGUCUUCUAUUCAGGAACCAAAUGAGCAAAUACUUCGAUUAAUGCAUAGCUUAGGAAUAGACAUUAGUCGUACUAGGGAGUCCUUACGAAACAGCAGCUAUGAUCAUCAUGCUGCUAUCUAUUUCUUACUGCUAGAAAGAUUGAAGCAACAUCGCGUCAGCAGUACCAUUAAUAAUACCUGCUGGUCUACUGUUGCAAGAACAAAAGAAGAUAAAUUUAAAUCGAGAGGAAGAGAAGAUACCGGUAGAGGGAGUAAAAGAUUUAGCUCGACGAGUUCCUCAACCGAUGAAGGUUGUUGUAGCGCGGAGGGCGAUUUGGAGGAAGGUCCGAGCGGCGACGAGCUGCGCGAAGCACAGAUCAAACUCGAAGAACACCGAUUAGGCCUAGAUCACGAUAUCAGUCAACGAAUUGACAGCCAGAUAGUCAAUCGAAGAUUAAGUGACUAUCAACAUCAUUUUGAUAACCCGCUUAUGGAUCCUAUUGAUCCACCCAGUCGAACGACCCUGUUUAUGGCGGGCGGCAGCGGUAGCUCGUCGUCGGAACUCUUCGAGUCCAGCUUCGAUUCUGGCUGCCCGCCAGAUUACACGGGGACGAAUUGUUUUACGAGCAGUCUACCGUCUUGCACGCCACCGCCACCCAAGAGUCCAUCCCCCAUCACUGGUAGAAUAUCCCGGGUCUCUCAGGGACGAAGAGCAUCCGACGGUGGACCUAGAUUACUGUUCUGUCAGCAGAGUGUCGGCGACAGGCCGUCCAAGCAGAGAAGUAUUCAAGAUUCAGGAAAAGCUCGAGGUCAUUUAGAUCUAGUCCAUCUUAGGCCACCGUCCACACCACCCGAUAAUCAGCAGCAAUUUAAGAUGCGCGGCGAUUCGGGCACGCAGCUGCAGCUUUUAGUGCAGCAGCGUAUGUUGCAGCAAAAGCGUAACUUAUAUCAUCGGCACAGAGGCGGUGGUAGUCCGACUCCGAUUCCAGUUUCAACCGGAAGCGGCACCAGCAGACGCGCCGAUCACGUACCGAGACAAGACAGCUACAAACUGGCGCAACGAACGCAAAUCUUGCCGCCUCUCUCUCAAGGACAUGUUGACAGAAACUUCGAUAGAAAUAGGAAACGGGACGAGGAAAGAUGGAAGAGUCUACCGUCCCGAUUAGCAGCGGACUGCCAGUUGGCGGAGAGGUCGCUAAUAUGGAGCCAACAGGUGGGCCUUAGCGGAGGCGCGUCUUACUUACCACCGGGCAGUGUAGGUGGUUUCUUAUGGCCCACUACAAGCAAUCCACAUUCAACCAUCUUCGAAAAUGUAGGGGAUCCAAUGGAAUAAGCCUCCGCUCUAUCGUUGUUAGUAAUUAUCUUGAGAUCUUGCGUAUGAAAAGCCGGUUGAAUUACAUAAACUAUUGCUCUCAGCAGUAUUUCCUCCUUUAGCAGUAUUCCCUAGUCUUUCCACGUUGACUUUCAUUAACAUAGCUGCAUAUCAUUUUGCAUUGGAUAGAGAGAAAUGUUAAGAUGUAUAUUAUAUGAAGAAUUUAGUAAAACGUUCAGUCUCUCGUCUGUAAUAAUUGUAUUUCUUUACAUACUCAAGAUCUCCGAUUAGAUGUACGGUACAUGUUACUGAAUGCCAAAGAUUUACACUUGUGUGCUUUUAUUGGUCCGAAUAAACGUCGGUGCGAAGAAGAUUUGGCUAAAGCACUAAAAAUUGUAUAAAAUGUUUCAUAUAUAAGUUGUUUGCUACAAUGCUGUUUUACAAAGUUAUCGCUACUGUACUAUAUGUCUCUCUGCAUGGAUAAAUAUAUGGAGAAUACGUAUAUAUGGCAUUAAAAAGAAAAAAGAAAAGUUUUUCAUGCAGAGUAAUCUUUGUCAUACAGUAACACGUGUACCUGCCUUAUUGAAACGACUGAUUUUAUCAGUCAAAUAUCCAAUUAUAUCAUAGACUGAUAAUUAAAGCGAAACACCAAGUUCAGUUGAAGAGCAAGUGGCAUAUGACUUGUCUUACAACAUCCGCUAUUGAGAAUAUAAUGCGAGAAAGAGAAAAAAAAAAGAGAGAAAAACUACAAAAAACUACUUUUUAAUUAACAAGUUUGCGGAUAGAUUUACAAAGCUUAGAACCUAUUCUUUUCUGCAAUCGUUCAUGUGUGCAAAAUAAAUAACAGAGAACAAUAUAUACCAAUUACGCAAUAUAAGUCCUUAGAGGAUAUUCUGUACUGCCAAUAAGCGAGAGAAAUAUAUGAAUGCUCAAGUCGUCGACAAGAUGUUAUAAAUAUGUUGUAGUGUAAGGUAUAAAAAAAACAAAAUAUCGACGACACACAAAAGACAAGACAAUGUCAACAACAUACUGACAAUGAGAUAGAAUUAAAAUUCUUUUUUCAUAGCAAAGCAAAACAAGUACUAUGCCACUUUCGCUUUUCCAUUGAUUUAAUCGAAGAGUGGAAAUAAGACGCGUGGAUUAAAAGAUCAGAACGUUAUGUUUUCUCAAUAAGCGUUCCACUGUACAAAAUUAGAGACGUUUUUCUCUUCCACUCUUCAUAAUGGUGACUAUAGGUGAUAGAAAAUAAUAACAGAAAACAAUAAUAUUAGCAGUAAACAGUAAUAAUUAACGUGUAUCACAUAGAAGUGCUGCAUUCUGAAAAAGAUGUUUGAAUAAAUGAUUUAUGUGAUCGAUAUAUUUCCUACAUAAACAUAAGUUAACUAAUAAUUUUGUAUACGUUAUCUCUUUCUAGAAAUAUUUAUAGCCAUAUUGCAUUAACAGCUGCACUACUUUUAUACAAAUGUCUUUCAUAAACAUUCACCCGUACACUGUCUAAAUAUUAUUUCUUCUAAACAGGAUAUUUUCCAUUUCAAUAGCUCUGUUUUAUGAGCUUUUUGCAUGAUUAUAAUUAUUAGAAGAUGUUGAAGAGAAACAAUAAUGAUUACGAGACCGUUUGUACGUUUGAUAUGAAUACAGCACUUAAAAAAAAAAAACAAUAUAUACACAUACAUAUAUUAAUAGAAUCUAAUAAUCUAGUCAGUAGUAAGCAAUACCGGCCGCGCACAACUGACAACGACUUUACUAUUCGAAUUUUUCGCCAUUUUUUACCUGACAGAAAACAAUCAAACUUCGCUCAAAAGCCAUUUAAUAAGUGAAACAUAACUGUUAAGUUAGCCUAAUCACAAAUCCAUUAUCCGCAAACGGAUUCAUUGACGCAAGAUAUCUAUGAAUCUCAGGAAUUGAAAAUCAAUUUUGGCAUUAUUGAAUUGUCAUACUUGUCAUUGUUUUUUGGACUUGUACAAGUCCUUUCGAUUGCAUAAGACGAAAGCCCGGUACAACGCAAACGUUGUGUUUUAUAAUAGCAAAAAAUUAAUUUCACUUGUCCAUUGGAACAUUGCGCAAAUUCAAUUACACGACUCUCGCGGAAGUUUUUGCGACAAUUAUAUAUGUGAUAUAUACUAUCGUUUUAUAAUGUAUAAGCUAUUGUUUUAGAACAAUGUAAUAUGUUUAAGGAUUAUAAUGGAAGUAAUUAUUUGCUAUCAAGCACUGACUGCCAUAUAAAAAAGUUGUCAUAAAAACAAAAAAUUGAUCUGGGAGAUAAGUCGCUUAUAAUGUAUACAAUAUAACAAAUUCUGUUCUUCAUGCUCUUAGCAAAGUGCGUACAUAAUAUCACUUUUAACAGUCAUAUACGAUAGUAAGUAGUUACUUUUUGUAAAAAUUGCAAAAUUGUGAACGUAUGUAUACAUGCGAGUUAUAAAUAAAACAUAUACAGACUGAAAUUCA